AUGAGACAGUCCAGCUUCAUUGCUCUCCCGCUGCUCAGCGCCUUUGCUGGCGCGGCAUCUAUCCGGCCCGACAUGCGUGUCAGAAAUGCCAGCCAGGUCCUCCAGCCUGGAGAAUUCAUCUACGCCAACAAAGGAAAGAUGGAAAUUGUGAACGAAACACGACUUCGAGAACUGAUGCUGGCCGACGGCAUUUCUCUUGAAAAGCCUGCUCUGGACGAAGAGUGGCUCAACUUCACACCACCCAAUAACACCAACUCGUCAAGCUCGGCAGCUCUCUCUCGUCGCGAUGGAUGUGACUCGUCUUUUAUAACCGACAAGACGGAGACAUUCGCCGACUGGGAUAUUCAGAUGUCUCCUGUCGUACUUGGGGCCUCGACCGGCAUUGAUGUCACGAUCUCGAAUGGAUGGACUGUGAGCAACUCAGUCUCUGUUUCAGCGGGAGUCGAAUACACGGUGAUCAAGGAUGUACUCGGUCUUUCAUUCGGAAUUGAUUAUACUCGAACCUGGACGUCGUCGGCUUCUCAACUGUACAAGGUCAGCGUCCCGGACGGAUCGGCUGGCACAUGGGUCACCCGGCCGUGGACGACCCGUAGAUACGGCCGCACCUUCAGUGGGUGCCCCGGCUCUUUGGUCCAGACUGGCACGUGGACGGCAGAUUCCCGUGAGGAGGGAAGUUACGACAGCACCUCAUGGGUCUCUGGUGUUAUCACCGCGUGUGUUAAGGAGGUGCCGAACAAUGAGCAGCUUACCCGCUGCGUUGGGGAGGGAACAUUUGCUUAG